CAUGGUCGCAACGUUCAAGGGAGCGCAGCGUCGACGACGAAGCAGUAUCCAGCCUCCAUCCGAGACGGAGCUGCAGAUGCCCCUGGAAGACCUCAUGUUCAGUCCGUACAAGCGCCGAAAGGUGCAGAAGCAGAAGGACAUGCAGGCCGCCAACCUCGCCAAGCUGCAGCAAGCUGCAAAGUACUUUGACAUGAUCGACAACGUUAAGCUCGAGACAUCCUCUGCUGCCGUGGACGACGAUGUUGACGGUGAGGCGUCCGCUACAUCGACCCCAUACACCACCCCAACCAAACAAUCCCAUGUGCACAGUACGGCAGUCCACUCGUGAACGCGUGUGUUCCCUUAGUAUAUACUUCCAAUCGACUACAUAGGUGUAAUCAUAUCCCUUGUUCGUUCUUAUGCCA